GUAGCAGAUCCUGCCGCAGGAUUCAGCAGCCAGCAGCCAGGAGCAGGCACGAACAACUUUACAUUUGCAUAACUUCGGUGCAGCGCCAGCGUUCAGAUUCCGAUUCACAGAUGUCAAUGGGCGUGGCAGUGGGACGGCGAGUCGAACCAGCUGAAAAUCAAAGCCCAAUUGGCACAAACACGCGGUAAAUAGAAUUCGCAAUCGGAAUCGGAAUUGAAAUAGGAAUUCGCAUUCAAAUUCGAAUGCAAAUAGAAAAUAGAAAUUGCCGCGAGAGCCCCACAGAAAAAAAAAACCCACACACACAGAAAAAAACAGCAACUAAAAUACCCAUAAAAUAAUAGGAAAACAAAGAGUGCCAGCAGAAGCAGCUGCUGCAGCAAAUAAAAGAACCGCAACAGCAACAGCAGUUGCAACUGCAACAGCAGCAACAACGGCCAUAACAACUCCACCAACAACGACAUCAACAACAAUAUGGAGAAGCUGCUGCAAUCGACGCUGUUUGUCAUCCUGAUAAUGGCCACAAAAUGCGGCAGUGGCUCGACCCAGAACCAGCAUCACGAGAGCAAUUCCCAGCUGGAUCCCGAUCCGGAGUUCAUUGGGUUCAUCAACAACGUCACAUAUCCGGCUGGACGCGAGGCCAUCCUGGCCUGUUCGGUGCGCAAUCUGGGCAAGAAUAAGGUGGGUUGGCUGAGGGCCUCCGAUCAGACCGUUUUGGCUCUACAAGGUCGCGUGGUCACCCACAAUGCGAGAAUCAGCGUCAUGCAUCAGGAUAUGCACACAUGGAAACUGAAAAUCAGCAAACUGCGGGAAAGUGACCGCGGCUGCUAUAUGUGCCAAAUAAACACGAGUCCCAUGAAGAAGCAAGUGGGCUGCAUCGAUGUGCAGGUACCACCGGAUAUCAUCAACGAAGAGUCCUCCGCCGAUCUGGCCGUUCAGGAGGGCGAGGAUGCAACGCUUACCUGCAAGGCCACGGGGAAUCCCCAACCCAGAGUCAUUUGGCGCAGGGAAGACGGCGAAAUGAUUCUUAUUCGCAAGCCAGGCAGUAGGGAGCUCAUGAAAGUGGAAUCCUAUAAUGGAUCCUCGCUCAGGCUGCUCCGCCUGGAGAGGCGUCAGAUGGGCGCCUACUUGUGUAUAGCAUCCAACGAUGUUCCACCUGCUGUCAGCAAACGAGUCUCGCUGAGUGUGCAAUUUGCUCCCAUGGUGAGGGCCCCCAGCCAGCUGCUGGGCACGCCCCUGGGUUCGGAUGUGCAGCUGGAAUGCCAGGUGGAGGCAUCGCCGUCACCCGUCUCCUACUGGCUGAAGGGGGCGCGGACGUCCAACGGAUUCGCCAGCGUCUCCACGGCCAGCCUGGAGUCCGGCUCGCCGGGACCCGAAAUGCUGCUCGACGGGCCCAAGUACGGGAUAACGGAGCGGCGCGAUGGCUAUCGGGGCGUCAUGCUGCUGGUGGUGCGUUCCUUCUCUCCCUCCGAUGUGGGCACCUAUCACUGCGUCAGCACAAACUCGCUGGGCCGUGCCGAGGGCACAUUGCGGUUAUACGAAAUCAAGCUUCAUCCGGGCGCCUCCGCCAGCAACGACGAUCAUCUGAAUUACAUCGGAGGUCUUGAGGAGGCUGCUCGGAGUGCGGCCAGGAGCAACCAGACGACGUGGCAGCCCCUGCUCGCCAUGCUGUUGCUGCUGUGGAUGAGGCUGAAUCUGGGAGCCGGGGGAGCGUGAUAUCAAAACUGAGAGAAGAAGAGCCGGCAAUCAAGUAUUCCUACAGAUUCCCUCGGACACCGACAUCGACAUCGACAUCUCUUUCUCUCUUGCCUGCGUUCUUGUUGUACGUUUCCGUUUCCGGUUCCGUGGCCCCCAUCUCCAAUGUAUUGGACCCCAGUCGCCCACGCACGCAUACAUAUUGCCGGAGGCGCCUCCCGCUGCCUCAGAUAUCAUUUGCAUACGUAUCAGGAAACGCGUUGUUCCCACCCGCUCGAUAACCCUCAAAU